CGUCACGUGACUCUGCGUCUGCAUAACACGCGAGCUGACUUCAGAAAGAGCAGUGAAAGAAGAGGACACAAUGAAAACCCUACUGUCCUUCUCCGUCCUGCUGUUGUUCGCCUCACCAGCCUGGAGUGGAUAUCUGGAAUAUGACCAAGACGUGCUGAUACCACAGGACUGGACUCAUGUCGGCCGAAUUGAUCCUUCGGAGGAGCUGCAGCUGACUUUUGCGUUGAAGCAGCAGAAUGUUCAGCUGUUGGAGGAGACGCUCAGGCUGGUGUCGGACCCCGACUCAGCUCAGUACGGUAAACAUCUCAGCCUGGAAGAAGUCGCUUCUCUUGUAUGUCCAUCCGAAAUCACACAGAAGGUGGUGCGUCACUGGCUGCAGAGUCAUGGGGUUUCAGAUUGUCUGACUGUUCACACUCAGGACUUUUUACAGUGCACCAUGACUGCAAAGGUUGCAGAAAGGCUGCUUCCAGGAAGUAGGUUCCAUCGUUUCUCCAGGGACGGCCUGUCUAUAGCGAGGUCUUCUGCUCCUUACUCUGUCCAUGACGACGUUCAUCAACACCUCGAUUUCGUUGGAGGUCUUCAUCGUGUUCCACCUCCGAGGAAGAACCCCAGUAAGAAGCAGCAGCAGUCUAAUACGGGGCUGCACGUCGGAGUGACCCCUGCUGUCCUGAGAGCUCGCUACAACCUGACAGCCGCUGAUGUUGGGUCGGCUCAGAACAACAGCCAGGCUGUAGCUCAAUUCUUGGAGCAGUACUACCACCCCGCCGAUUUAGCUGAGUUUAUGAGCAUGUUUGGUAGAAGCUUCCAGCAUCUGUCUAAGGUGGAUCGAGUGGUCGGCACCCAGGGAGGAGGAAAGGCCGGUCUGGAAGCCAGUCUGGAUGUAGAGUACAUCAUGAGCACAGGGGCAAACAUCUCCACAUGGGUCUUCACUAAUCCAGGCCGUCAUGAGACCCAGGAGCCCUUCCUCCAGUGGAUGGUCUUGCUCAGCAACAUGUCCGACCUGCCGUGGGUUCAUACUAUCAGCUACGGAGACGACGAAGACAGCCUGUCAACAGCAUACAUGAUGCGCAUCAACACAGAGUUUAUGAAGGCCGGUGUCAGGGGGAUCUCCCUGCUCUUUGCCUCUGGGGACAGCGGUGCUGGAUGCAGACACAUGGGUAAAGAACAGAACUCCUUCAGACCCAGUUUUCCAGCCUCAAGCCCAUAUGUGACCACAGUUGGAGGAACGUCCUUCAAGAACCCAUUUAAAGUCACAUAUGAGGUCACAGAUUACAUCAGUGGAGGCGGUUUCAGUAAUGUCUUCAGCAUGCCAAACUACCAGGUGAGCGCAGUACAAGCGUACCUGAAGACCAUCGCAGCAUCUCUCCCCCCUAAGUCCUACUUUAACACCAGCGGCCGGGCCUACCCAGACAUAGCUGCCCUGUCUGAUAACUACUGGGUGGUCUCCAACAGAGUGCCUGUCCCCUGGGUGUCUGGGACCUCGGCAUCGACCCCUGUGGUUGGAGGCAUGAUCUCCCUUAUCAAUGGUCAGCGUCUGUCGAAGGGGCUGCCGGCCCUGGGCUUCCUCAACCCACGCCUCUACAAGCUCAAAGGACAGGCCCUUUUUGACGUGACUGAAGGUUGUCACCUUGGCUGUCUGGACGAGCAGGUUCAGGGGAAGGGUUUCUGUGCUGCGCCAUCAUGGGACCCAGUUACUGGAUGGGGGACACCAAACUACCCUGAACUUCUAGCAGCCCUCCUGACGGAGUGAACAUUUAGAAUCCAUCAAAGUUGAAACACCAAUUACUUUAAAGGCUGGGCAGUGGAAUAGCGACACUCCACGCCAUUGCCUUUUGAUUUAUUUAAGUAAAUGUUCAAGUUUGAAUCAUUAUUUACAUCUUGCUCAUUUCCACUUAUCAUUUUGACGAUAGCUGCAUCACAUCUUCUGUGAAAUGGGUUUUUUGUUAGCUUCAAAUCGACAUUUUUAAGUCAGGAAUUGUGACAGAUUUUAGCGAACUUUUCCUGCAGUUUACUGCUGACAUGGAUCUUCCAUCAUAUCCAAAACACCUGAUACUUGAAAUGGAAAGGAUUUGCGUUAUGCUUCAAUUAAAUAAAAAUGUGAUGAAACCUCUGAAACAAA